AUGUCUGUCCUUGUAGCAUCAUUAACAAAUAACAAUCAUCAUCAUCCUCAUUCAUCUUAUUUUUCUAACAAUACAACUCGUCGUAUGAAUGGAAAUAUUUCUCAAACAAAACAAAAUCGUUUAUCAACAACAACAACAGCAGCAACUAAAGUAAAUGAAAAUGAUCAAACUAAUGAUCAUGUACCAUAUGGCGUUGUUAAUUCUAUGAAACAACGUUUAUUGAAUAAAGUAAAUGAAUCAUUUUUAUUAAAUAAUAAUUCAACAAUUAUACGACAUUCAUUAUCAAAACCAUCAUCACGUUUAUCUUCAAAUGAAAAUUUACUUCAGACAAAAACAUCUGUAUCACCAUUAAAACAUACAACACGUCUUUCACGUAGUCAAGAUAAUUUAACAAAUAAUCAUCCACUAAAUUCUAUACCUAGUCAAAUAAUAAUUAAUGAAAAACUUACUUCAUAUAUACAACCAACACAAGAUGUUAUUAUUGUCGAUACAACAACGAAUGAAAUUAACAAUGAUAAUAAUGAUGAUGAAAAAUUGCACGCAGGACAGAAAGUACCAUUACAUAAACAAUCAUAUACAGAAUUACAUGUGGAUGAAGCACCAAAACCUGGUACGGUUACAACUGUUAAAAAUAUGUUCGAACGACAAAUACGUUUGAGUCGUUAUGAUGCUGAUAAAAUUUUCAAUACAUCAACACCAGGUAGUUCACGUAUGAGUAGUCAACAUCGUGAAAUCUCAACUCCAACACGUUCACGUAGUACUUCACCAAAUGAUAUAGCCUUACGACAACGACGAACAAUUAUUUCUGUACCUAUUAUACCAUUAACAUCAACAACAUUAACAUUACCUACGUCAACAUCUUAUCCUGAUCUGGUUACAUCUCAUACACCCCCAGCAGAGACAAAUAAAAAUUCGACUGAACAAAUACAUAACGAAAAUUAUUCUCAAGGAUUAAAUAAAGAGAAAAAAGUUUUUAUACCAAUUCGUAAUAUAACAUCACAUGAACAUACUCCAUUAAGUGUUGUUAUUAUUGAUGAAAGUUCAACAAAUAUAAUUAAUCAACAACAUCCAAAUUUAUUAUUACCAUCAACAUCAGAAAUUGUUGAUUGUCAACCAUUAGAUUUUAAAAGUCGGUUAGCUUUAUUUAAUCGUACAAAUACACAAAAAUCAAAUAAAAAUUCAAUAAAUAUUAAAAAAUCUUUUAAUCCAACAACUCCUCCUCCUUCAACAAAUAUUUUAACUAAACCUGUUAUUCAUCAACCUGCACGUUUAAUAAAUGAAGAGAAAAAAGAUAUUCAACUAGAACCUAUUCAUGGUCAAUUAUCAAUAUCAGUUUCUCGAUCAGUUAUUAACACAGCUAAAGCUGUUACUUUCUUCGGUGGAAAUAAAUUAAAUGGAGAUACAAAAUCAUCAUUACCAAGUUCAAUACCACCGCCCCCACCGCCUUCAUCAUCAAAUCAAACAAAUACAAAAAAUGAAUCAUCAUCGAUAUCAACAUCGCUUGAUGUACUUCGCACACCUGAUAUUAUUGGUGGAAAUGUUAAAUUAAAUAAAUCAUCAAUUUUUUCUGGAACGAAAAAGGAUGCUCGAGUACAAUUUAUUGAUAAUGUUGAUACAUUUGAAUAUCCUUCAUAUGAAAUUGCUAUGGCUGAACUUGGCAGUACGGGUUCAGAUAAUGAUAAUGAUAUAGAAGAUGAUGAUGAUCUAUCCAAUGUCAGUAAUGGUGAUAGUAAUAUUAAUGAAAAGAAAAAUGAUAAACGAGAAGAAUUAAUCGAGAAUAAUAAACGUGUCAAUGAUGUUGAUGAUGACGAACUUGAACGAUUAGCACGUAUUAAUGCUAAAUUUAAUACAAAUAACCUUGAAGAAAAAUCAUUAAAACCAAAAGGUACAUUACAUACGUUUCGUCCCACUCAUCUCGAUCAAUAUGAAUUAGGUACUCAACAUGGUUCUCUAUUAAUUUCAAAAUCGUCAGAUAUUUCUUCUUCAGCUAAUUCUUAUUCUUUAAUAUCUCGACAAAAAAUUUUAUCUUCUUCAAAUGUACAAACAAAAAAUUUAUCAAAUCAUUCCUUAUUAAAAUAUCAACAAAAACCAAUAUUUGAUAUGGCAAAUAAUAUUCAAUGGAGUUCAAUGUCUACAACUACUGAUCUACUUUUUUGA